AUGUUCUUUUACUUACCAUCGGCCGUUUUUCUUGCUGCUGCUGUCUUUCCAGCUAAUGGUCGUGAAUGUUACACAUGUGCUUGUCCUGCAAACAGUCUGAAUUGUCCAUGUAGUACAACAGACGUUCAAGAAACAGAUAUAACCUACUGUAUCAUCAAUCGUGAUCAUAAAAAUCAGGGUUACAGCACUUAUCUCGGCUUUUUGCCGCGAAAUAGUUCGAAAUACAGCAUAAAAAAUCCACACUAUAUAUCGAUUCGUGAAGUAAUUCAUUAUAACGAUUCAGCGAAAGAAUGGGACACAAAUCCAGACGGUAUAAUUUAUGGUUGUGACUGGGAUCGAUGUAAUUCACCCGAUCUCGUGCCGAAGCUGCCAAACAGCUUUUCAUUAGCCCUACCAGAGAGUUGGUUAAGCAACUUCAUUCUUGGUUCGAAUCCAGGAAGCUGUCAUGAGUGUUCAGAUGAUCCUAACUGCGGCACUGACGAUUUUCUUGAUGUUGGUCGAUGUCCGGAGAAGGCUUGUAAUGACACGUGUGUCUUACGUGAAUAUUUUGAAAAUCCUGACAGUGGUGAGUUUUGCUAUCAAUCUAGUUGUUUUACAGAGGCAUCAUCGCCGGCAUAUGAUCUCGAUACUCAUCGAAUCGAAAUCGAUGCAAUCUAUUAUUUAGACUCAAAAAUUUUUAAUGUUUGGGAAAUAGAUAUAUUCUGUCGAGCGGAUGAUUGUAGUCGACCGGAAAUAUUCAAAGAAAUACGUGCGAAUCUAGAAAAGAACGUUACUAUCGAUGGAUUUGAGUCCGUCUCUUCAACGAUUGCUUCAACUGCUUCAACGCCUGCUUCAACUGCUUCAAUGCCUGCUUCAACUGCUUCAGCGACUGGUUCAACGAUUGCUUCAAUUGCUUCAACACCUGCUUUAACUGCUUCAGCGACUGUUUCAACGAUUGCUUCAACGCCUGCUUCAACUGCUUCAGCGACUGUUUCAACGAUUGCUUCAACGCCUGCUUCAACUGCUUCAACGCCUGCUUCAACUGCUUCAGCGACUGUUUCAACGAAUGCUUCAACUGCUUCAACGAUUGCUCUCACAUACGGAUAUUUAUCAGUAUUCAUUGUUUUUCUUUUUAAUUUUUUCCGUUGA